CCAAUUCUCAAAACAAGUCCGACUGAAUCGGAUUACGGAUAACGUACUGUAGUAGCCAACUGUCUGUGCCGUUUUUAUUACUAUUUAAUAACAACCAAAGCAAAAAUACUGUUAAUAAACCCUAAAGGGUAUCUUUAUUCUCUUCAAUGGCGUCCCGAUCUCCAUCAUCCUCCCCAGACUCAGCGACGGGCUCCGGUACUGAUCCAGCCCGGCCUGACACCGGAGAGCCACUCGGCGGAGGCUCUGACUCCGAUUCUGAUUUCGGAUUAGGGAAAUUUGAUUGCAGUGCUGGCGAUGCAUCGGCUCGAUUAGAAGGGGCAGACCUAGAGAAUGAGUUUGAGUCUGCGGCAGACCGGGUCCGAGAUCUCGUGCAGACAGCCAGUCGAGAACAGCUGCUGUAUCUUUACGCUAGGUUCAAACAGGUCAAAGUUGGAAAGUGCAAUACUUCAAAACCUGGUUUCUUCGAUUUCGAGGGUCAGAGAAAAUGGUCAGCAUGGAAGCAGCUGGGGGACAUGAGUACAGAGCAGGCCAUGCAGGAGUACGUGACCUGUGUACAUGCCCUGGACCCAGAGGGCAGCCAGAAGUCUUCAGAGCGACGGGGAGGAGAGAAGCGAACUGGAUUCGGUGGGCCAGCAGUUAGCUCUCUAUACCAAGAGGAAAAGAUAAGGGAAGAGGACAAAAAUAUUUUCGACUACUGUCGAGAGAACAACAUCGAACACGUCAGCAAGGCCAUCAGCUCCAAAACAGUGGACGUGAACACAAGAGACGAAGAGGGCCGAGCUCUCCUGCACUGGGCGUGUGACAGGGGCCAUAAAGACCUGGUGUCUCUUCUUCUGCAACAUAAUGCCGAUAUCAAUAGUCAGGAUGAUGAAGGACAAACUGCUCUACACUAUGCCUCAGCUUGUGAGUUUGCAGAAAUCGUCGAGUUACUCCUGAAAGCUGGAGCUGACCCGUCUAUCAAAGAUCAAGAAGGUUCCCUUCCAGAGGAGGUGACAGAAUCCAGUGCCAUCUCUUCUCUCCUGCGCCAGUACACUGCUCCUAAAGGCUAAAGCCACCAAUUUACUUCACACUAACUGUGCUCCUCAUCCACAUGGUGCAGACCACCUGUAAAACCCACAAAUAAACUCCCAUCGGCUCAGCAUUCUACAAAAUAAACUCAACAUUAUAGACCUGAACUUAGAACUGAACUCCAUCAGCUCAUCAUUUUAGAACUGAAUUGGAUUCACUCUGCAUUCUAGAAUUGAACACCAUCUGGUCAACUUUGUUUAGGGAGAUUUCUAAAAGGAUAAGCUGAUGGAGUUAAAAACCUCAAAUUUACUACCACCAGCUCAGCAUUUUAGAAUUCGACUGGACAUUCUAGAACUGAACUCCAUUAGCUCAUUGUUUUAGAACUGAACUCAGUAAGGUUUAGGAACAGUUCUAGAAUGCUGAGUUUAUGUAGUACAGAUCUAGAAUGAGGAGCUGAUAACAAGUUAAUUCUCUGUGCAUUCUGCAACUGAACUCCAUCAGCUUGGCAUUCUGAAACUGAGCUCCAUCUGCUUUCUACAACUGAACUUCACCAUUCUAGAACUGAAAUCCAUCAGCUCAUCAUUCUGGAACUUGUUUCUCAAGCUGCUUUCUUCAAAUGAACUUCAUUGUUUGGAACUGAUUUCCAUCCACUCAGCAUUUUAUAACUGAACACCAUCUGUUCAACUUUCUUUAGGAAGAGUUCUAAAAUGGAUGAGCUGAAGGAGCUUAGUUCUAAAAUGAUGAGCUAAUGGAGAUAAAAACCUUAAUUUUACUCCACCAGCUCGGCAUUCUAGAACACUACUACUUCAUUCUAGAAUUGAACUCCAUCAGCUCAUCAUGGUUUAGGAACAGUUCUAGAAUGCUGAGUUGAUGUAGUCCACAUCUAGAAUGAGGAGCUGAUAGGAGGUUAUUUCUCUGAGCAUUCUGGAACUUGUUUCCCAAACGGGUUUUUACAACUCAGUAUUCUAGACCUGCACUUAGAACUGAACUUCAUCAGUCUAAUAAAACUGAACUCCACCAAAUCUAGAACUGAUCUCCAUUACCUCGUUAUUUUAGAACUGAACUUCAUCCACUCAGUAUUCUAGAGCUGAACACCAUCUGCUUAACUUUCUUUUGGAAGAGUUCUGACACAAUGAGCUGAUGGAGUUCAGUUCUAAAAUGAUGAACUGAUAGUUUAAAACCUCGCUUUUACUCCACCGGCUCAGCAUUUUAGAACUCAACUCAACAUUCUAGAACUGAACUCCAUCACCUUAUUAUUUUAAAACUUAACUCCAUCCACUCAGCAUUCUAGAGCUAAACACCAUCUGCUUAACUUUCUUUAGGAAGAGUUCUAAAAUGAUGAGCUGAUGGGGUUUAGUUCUAAAAAAAUGACCUGAUGGAAUUAAACAACUUGAUUUUACCUGUCAGCUCAGCAUUCUAGAACUCUACAUUCUAGAACUGAACUCCAUCCACAUGACAUUUUAGAGCUGAACUCCAUCUGCUCAGAGUGGUUUAGGAACAGUUCUAGAAUGCGGAGUUGAUUUAGUUCCUAAACAGCUUUCUAUAACUUAACUCAGCUUUCUAGACCUGAACUUCAUAAUUCUAGAACUGAACUCCAUCCUCUCAGCAUUCUAGAGCUGAACACCAUCUACUCAACUUUCUUUAGAGUUCUAAAACAAUGAGCUGAUGGAGUUUAGUUCUACAAUGAGGAGUUAAUAGAGUUAAAAACCUUGAUUUUACUCCACCAGCUCAGCAUUCUAGAACUGAACUCAGAACUCUACUUCAUCAUUCUGGAACUGAACUCCAUCAGCUCUUCAUUCUAGAACUGAACCUCGUCAGCUCAUUGUUUUAGAAUUAAACUCCAUCCACUUGGCAUUCUAGAGCUGAUCUCCAUCUGCUCAGCGUAGUUUAGGAACAGUUCUAGAAUGGUGAGUUAAUGUAGUACACAUCUAGAAUGAAGAGCUGAAAGAAGGUUCGUUCUCUGUGCACUCUGGAACUGAAGUCCAUCAGAUCUGCAUUCUGGAACUUGUUUCCCUAACAGCUUUCUAUAUCUGAACUCAGUAUUCUAGACCUGAACUUAGAACUUAAAUUCAUCAUUCUAAAACUGAACUCUAGCGGCACCGAAUUCUAGAAAUGAACUUCAUCACCUCAUUAUUUUAGAACUGAACUCCAUCCACUCAGUAUUCUAGAGUUCUAAAACGAUUAACUGAUGGAGUUAAAACCUUGAUUUUUCUCCACCAGCUAAGCAUUCUAGAACUUAACUCGACAUUCUAAAACUGAACUUAGAACGCUACUUUAUCAUUCUAGAGCUGAACUUCAUCUGCUCAGUGUGGUUUAGGAACAGUUCUGGAAUGCGGAGUUGAUGUACUCCACAUCUAGAAUGAGGAGCUGAAAGGAGGUUCUUUCUCUGUGCACUCUGGAACUGAAGUCCAUCAGAUCUGCAUUCUGGAACUUGUUUCCCUAACAGCUUUUUACAUCUGAACGCAGUAUUCUAGACCUGAACUUAGAACUAAACUUCAUCAUUCUGGAACUGAACUCCAUCACCUCAUUAUUUUAGAACUGAACUCGUUCCUCUCCACAAUAUCUGCUCAACUUUCUUCAAUAUCUACUCAAGAGUUCUGAAACUAUGAGGUGAUGGGAGUUAAAAACCUUGACUUUACUCCACCAGCUCAGUAUUCUAGAACUCAACACCAUCAGCUCAUCAUUUAGCACUAAACUCCAUCCAUGUGGCAUUUAGGAACAGUUCUAGAAUGUUGAGUUGAUGUAGUUCAGAUCUAGAAUGAGGACCAUAUGCACUCUGAACUUUAUCUGCUCAGAAUCCUAGAACUAUUAUUGUCGAUUCCAUUUGGCUGUGGAGCACAGACAUUAUAAUUUCAAACAGUUAAUUUCAGAAAACCUAUCCUCCCCGUCCUAGAAUGGUACAUUCCAAUGAAUGUGUUACUGUUGUUGCUAUUAAAGACAUGGAAUAUUAAAA